AUGAUGAUUGGGUUCCCUCGCCCCAUAGAAGAUGAUGAAGACAUGAAGGCUCGUGCCUGGACCCGUUGGGCCCACGAGUAUGGAUCCCGAGUGUCAUUCCCGAGUUAUUGGGCAAACUUGUGCCGUAACCCUGACAAUGAAGAAAAACUUGUGCAUCUUAGUCCCACUUUUCUGCACGAGCUGCAGCAAUCAUCACCACCAUCAUGUAAUGAUGAUUUAACCGUCAUUGAAUAUUCGCAUCCUGAAAAGUUUUGGAUCACUAAGGAGAUAGUGUUUCCCCACUCAAAGAUAGCGAAACUCAAGGUUGAGGUGGAAAUGCAAGACAGACAAGAUGGUGUAAAUCAAAGUUAUACACGGAAUGAGCUUGUGACUGCACUCCUUUACAGGUGUGCUGUAGGAGCCGCAACUGCAUCAAACUCCGGGGCCUAUACUAAAUCUGUACUGAUGCGGGCAGUAAACAUGCGCCCUCUCAUUGAUCCUCCAUUUCCAAAAACAAGUGUGGGAAAUCUAAUUGCUCUGAAUGACGUUCCAACAUAUACGCUGAAUGAGACAAGAUUAAGUACAUUGAUAGCCCAAAUGAAGAAAGGGAAGAUGCAACUUAGAGGAUCAAAAAGUUUGGUCGGAAAAAACCUGGCACUGAUGCUCAAAUAUGCAAAUACUGAUCAGAAGCCUUAUUUCGUGAGCAGAAUUUGUAAUUUCCCAUUAUAUGAUGAGAUGGAUUUCGGGUGGGGAAAGCCAGUAAAAGCUUCAGUUGUGGACAUAGGUGUGUCUAAUACAGCAGUUAUGAUGGAUACACCGAGUGGAGAUGGUAUAAACACCCCCGUUGCACUGGAAGAACAAGAUAUGAAAAAUUUCCUAGCUGACAAAGAUCUGCUUGCCUAUGCUUCUUUCUAA